CACCGGAGCCCGUAGCAGGAGCUAAGGGACAUGUGGUAAGUGUAUAUCGUCCUUUCACGAAACUUCGGAAGUAUUCUAAUUUAAACAACAGAGUGUUGAAAAUUAGGGAUCGAUAAAAAAAUAAACAUUCGUAAAUUUUCCGUACAGCCCCAUCCUACAUUAUGCAUUCAGUUCUUGGAUAGAGAAAACAAUGACAAAAACAAUACAUUGCCAUUGGGAAAACAGAUUUGUUUUACAACAGUAUGGGGCUGUGCGGAAAUUUUACCUAAGUAUUUUUCUGGUCCGUUUCAGUGAUGUACUCUGCAUUAAGAUCAAAAUGAACCCGUUCUUUGUGCGCGCUCUUAAAGAGGGUAUGUUAGCCAGGCUGAAGAGAUAUUUAAGUUGAAGACUUUAUUACAAUAGAGUAUGUGACUAUUUCAUCCUAUUACAGGAUGAAGGUAAGAUUCCCACACAGCCCUGUAGUAUUGUAAAACAAAACUGUAUUCCUAAAGGCAAUCUAUUGUUUUCGCCAUUGUUAUCUUUAUCCAAGAACUGUAUGCAUAAUGAAGGAUGGGGCUAUGGGGGAAUCUUACCCAGCUGUAAAUGAGGCCUUCCAAGGGGGGGUUUUGAUGUCCCCUUGUUGCUCGUAUAUCAACACUCCUGUCUCUUAUUUGGUAAGGGACAAAUGUUGCUGUCACUUUGAGUUCUUUACUAGAAUAAAAAUGGCGUUGUCACACUAAAUUUGGCAAUACAAUCAUUUUUGACUUGUGCCAGCACUGGGGCAUGUUGUCUUUUUAACAAAGGAUCAACCACACAUAAAUUUUUAUUGGCUUGAGGAGUAGUAAGAAUUACAGAGACCACUUCAAGGCUUCAUAUUUGUGUUUCAUUAUCGGUCGUUGGCCGAUAGCUUCCCCACUCAAGUACUUAUCUUUUACACAUAUAUAGUAAUGAAGAACACAAUUUUCUCUAGAUAAAUGUUAUAUCAUGGUUUGAAUAAGGAGUCUUGACUUUUUAGUGGUUUAUUAGUUUAGUGAGGCUGGAAAGAUCACAAAAGAGUCAUGCGGUCCUGGUCACAAUGUCUCUGCCAUGAAUAUCAAAGCAAAGAAAUGUCACUUCAUCAAAAUUAAAAAUGGAUAGUCGCUGUUGCAAAAUAUUGCUUCUUUUCUAUCAGUUUUUGUGGACUGUCGGUGGUCCUGAACAAGAUUUUCACCAUAUUUUUUAGCAAUGUUGCUUGUUGCCAAGAUCCCUCGAAGGCCUUGUAAAUCAAAACAUCAAAUAUACAUUGGGCUUUGUGAGCUGUUUUUAAUCAUGUUAAAUGUUUCUGUCAAUCUGAAAAAUAGGAUGUGUAAUUGUAUUCAUAAUCUAGCAGACAAAAUUUUCAAUCAGAUUGAAAAUCCUUUAGGCAUGCUUUAGUGUGGAGUUGCCACACUCAGUAUACAUACCUGGUGGGUACCCUGUGUUCCUCUUAUCUGUCUUGAGUGAGGAGCUGGUAGGCCAAACUUCCAGUGUAUUGAUGAAAUUCUGAGCCUGUUCUUGUGCAAAAAAGAUUAUUUUUCUUGAUGUGACUUGUCUCUUAGUUAACAUUGGCACAGAUUCCAACUGUCAGUCUUAAGGAAGUGUCCAACUUAAACAAUUACAGGUGGUGUCACCAGUAAUUCAGAGAUUAAUGGGAAUGAACAUGUGUAAAACUGAUACACAUCUGUUUUAAGGUUUUUUGAAACUGUUUCCUCAAGGAGAGCUUACAAGUUGGAAGGGGAAUAUUAGAAAGAAAACAAUGGAACAGAAAUAAAUUGUCAAUCAAACAUUUAUGCCAUCUGAAAAAGGUAUAUUCAAUUCAAGAAAAAAUCUCACUGCUUAAUAGUCCAGAACGUAAAUAUGCCAGGGUUGUUAGAAGGAUGGAUAUUUCUAUCUACCAGAUAAUCUCUGUUGAGUGGGUGAGUGUACAUGGACUAUACCAUGUUAGUAUGUACUUAAACAGUGGAUAGCUUUUAGGGAAUACUCUAAUUGGGUACUCAAACUCUGAUAUCUUUUGCAAUUUACCUCUGUGCAAUGUGCUAAGGGUUUGCACCCAAAAAUCUUGUAAUUGUUGGGGAAAUAAGUUAUUCAAAAUCAUCUUUUUGCACUAUUUCAUCUCACUGUUUCUGUACAGUCUUGUAAACAUGUAAUUCUUUAAUUGCAAUUAUUUAUCAUGUUUCAAAACCAAUUGUUUUUUUCAGGACACACCUGUGACAAAAACCCAAGACCUCAGAGAUGUCUGAAGUGACAGUCCUUGAUUAUGGAGCAGGAAAUAUCCGAAGUCUCAUUAAUGCUCUUAAACUUCUUGGUUACAAUGUGAAAUUUGUGAAAGAUGCCAAGGAUAUCCUAAGUGCAGAAAGGCUUAUCUUUCCAGGUGUUGGAGCCUUUGGAAGUGCAAUGGCUCUUCUUGAAAGCAGUGGUUUUGUAGAACCACUUAAGAAGUACAUCCAACAAGACAAGCCAUACUUAGGAAUUUGUCUUGGACUUCAGACAUUGUGUGAUGGCAGUGAAGAGUCUCCAGGUACCAAAGGCUUGUCUGUGAUACCUGCAACUGUGACACAAUUCAACAAGGCUGAAGGUCUUGCUGUACCACAUAUGGGUUGGAAUGGACUUAAGCUUCGUAAGGGAUCAGCUCUGUUCCCAACUGGUUUCUCCAGUGAAGAAAAAGUCUACUUUGUCCACUCAUAUGCAUUAAAUUCACAAAGCAAAGAGAUCAAUGAGUGGGUUCUUGCCACUACUGAUUAUGGAGAGGAGUUUAUCAGCAUUGUGCAAAAGGGAAAUAUUGUUGCUACACAGUUCCACCCAGAGAAAAGUGGAGAAAUGGGAAUUAAAAUAAUCAAGAGCUUCUUGGAAAGUUUUCCAAUGAGUGGAAAGGUUGCAAGUAUUCCCUACAAACUGCCUGAUGCCAGUAAGCCAACACAACUUGGUCAUCGCAUCAUUGCUUGUCUUGAUGUCCGCAAUAAUGAUCAAGGAGACCUUGUGGUCACCAAAGGUGAACAAUAUGAUGUGCGCGAACAAUCCAUUACAGAGAAUAUUCAUUCUGUCACACAAAUUAAGGGUGCUGUGAGAAACCUUGGAAAACCUGUAGAGUUGGCACGCAGGUAUUUCAAGGAAGGAGCAGACGAAAUAGUAUUUUUGAAUAUUACAAGCUUCAAAAACUGCCCUCUCCAUGAUCUUCCAAUGCUAGAGGUACUUCGGCAAGCAUCUGAAAAUAUUUUUGUCCCCCUUACUGUCGGGGGUGGUAUUCGUGAGAUACUUGCCCCAGGCAAAGAUGGUGACCAAUCAAAGAUGAAGUGUUACUCAGCUGUGGAAGUGGCAGCUGAAUACUUCAGAUCUGGUAAUGUAUUAAACUUUUUGGUAAAUAAAGUGACCUUUGUAUGAUACUGGAAACUAGUUUUGAAUAUUUGCCUAUAAUUAUUGAUUUUAUGAAAGUGUUAUGUGUGACAAGCAUAUAUCACUAGUUGAAACAGCCAACCUAAGACAGAACUCUGUGCUGGGGUCAUUUUAAUGCUAAAUAACUUUGAUUAUUAUUUGUUUUGAUGCAAACAAGAAAAUUAUGGCUCAAUAUCUGAUCCUACUAUGAUAUGCUGAUGGUCCAUUGUAGAGGGGUGUAGAAGUGGCCCUUGCAGAGAGUUUCAGUAAGAAUAAACUUUUCAAUAACACAGUUAAGGAAUAGAGAAAAGUAAAGUGUCUGUGCCCUGAAGUUAGCUCUAAUCCCUGGUUACAUAUCUAAUGAAGACUUCAUGUAGACAAGCUAACUAGUCUCUUCCACCUUCAAUGCUUGUUUAAUAACUGGAUCUAAACAGUGGAUAACAGGGGACCACUGUACUAUUUUGACAGGAGCAGACAAGGUGUCCAUUGGCAGUGAUGCAGUGUAUGCAGCUGAGAACUUCAUAUCAUGUGGUGGAAUUGCAACUGGCCAAACCUCUAUUGAAACAAUAGCUGCUGCAUAUGGGCGUCAGGCAGUAGUUAUCUCAGUUGACCCAAAGCGAGUUUGUGUUCCAUCCCGUGAGGCUGUACAGCAUCAUGUGAUUCACACAAGUUACCCUGGUCCAUCGGGUGAGGAAUACUGUUGGUACCAGUGCACAGUGAAAGGAGGGAGAGAGUUGCGAGAUAUUGGAGUGUAUGAAAUGGUGCAGGCAUGUGAAGCUCUUGGUGCAGGAGAAAUUAUGCUUAACAGUAUUGACAGGGAUGGGUGAGUAACAAUGUAAAUCAUAUUAUGUAAAUCGAGGUUCACACAAUUACUGCAAAAUGCAAGUCCAACCUUCAGUUAGUGUAUUCCAAUGCUUGGAUGUAAGGUGUGCAUUUAAGGAUUUAGUGAGAAGGAGAUCACUAAUAGGAAUCAGGCUCCAUACACAAGGACAUUUCAGCCAAUCUGUGAACAGAAUGGACUGAAAGGAGGGUGGCUUUCAAGUAGUAACUCAUCUCCAUGCUCUACUUAAGUGGUGUGAAACCACAGUGACAUAAUUUUUGAUUGGAUGAAGUUGAUCAGAUGGAAAUCCUAAAAGAAAGUGUGAUAAAUUGGCUGAAUACUGAACUGGAAAUGUGAUUUUAGUCUUCACUGAUUGUAGUACUAGCAAGAAGUUGGUGUUGUGGACUAAUCAUUUUCUUUGAAUUUAUUUUGGUUAGAACUAAUAGUGGUUACGAUCUUGAACUGGUUGCCAUGGUCAAAGAAGCUGUUGGUAUUCCAGUGAUUGCUUCUAGUGGUGCUGGUCAUGUCAAUCACUUCUCUGACGUGUUCCAAGAUGCACAUGCUGAUGCAGCACUAGCAGCAGGAAUAUUUCAUCGAAACACAGUUUCAAUCAAUGUUGUUAAAGAGCAUUUGUUGAGUGAAGGAAUCCCUGUUAGAGUUUAAACAGAUGGCUAAAAAGUUACCUUCAAUUUACAUCUAGACACUGUCUAUGAUUUCGUAUCAUAAUAUUUUUUAUAAUAACUAGUCUCAACAGAGGGUAGAAAUAAGAACUCACUGAAGAAACCUGUCAGUCAACUAUUAGCCAACUGUUGGCUAAAAUUUCAAGGAUAAUUAUAGUCAGGGUGAAGGGUUGAAAGUUGUUCAUUGUUAACCCUUUAACUCCCAGAUAUGAUAAACAUGUAACUUCCCCCUAUAGUAUCCAUACAUUCAGCAAACAGGUAAUGAAAAUACUCACACUUAUCAGGUAGAAGUUGCUAUCUUGGUCUAAAAUCAGAUCUUGGAAGUUAAAUGGUUAAAACAAUUUAGUUGUUGCUUAGAAAAACAGCCAUCUCACAUUGAACUCUGUAUUUAUUCUUUCAAAAGGCAACCUGUAAAAAAAAUGCAUCUAAAUUCAUACAAAAACAAAGAAGUUGGAUGAUAAAUAACUCUCACACAUUUUAGUGUGUAGAGUUGCUGAGUAUUUUUACUCAUUGUUUGUAUUUUACAGCACAACUUGCCAAGAUACUCAGUGACACUACACACCAAAAUGUCUAAUAGGAUAUUUAUCCCUUUCCUCUGGUGGUCAGCUUUUGAAAUAUUUCAUGGAGUUUUUUAGUGAACCUUUCAUGUAAUGAAGAUAUAUGAUAAGGAACCAAUCAGUCUUAAGCGAUGCACAGUUGUUUGUCAUUAUCAUUUUAUUACUUAAUGCAUCAUACAUGUAUUUAUUAAAGGAAAAUUGAUAAGCAAUGUAAUAUAAAGUAAAAAGACACUGGCUGUAUGCAUUACAUUUGCUUUACUAUCUCUAAAAUUUCUGUCAUAGAUUAUGCUCUAAACAAACCUGUUCCUGGCAUUCAGUUGUUAAAACAAAGUGCAAUAGCUAAUGCCAAAAUUGUAGCAGAGCAGUGAAAAAAGGAGUGAUGUUUGGGUCAGGUCUCAUUCCUUACCCACACCUUUGCUUUUUCACUCUACUGCAAACAUCAUCCCAGUUUGCUAAUUAAACACCUGGAACAGGCCAUGUUCUCUCACACACAAGGUUGUAGCACUAAACAAUCACUAUGAAACAGAUAAAUGUUAUUGAUUAAAUGAAGUAAAACCCUUAAUGACUUUGAACAUCAAGUUGUCUGAUGGCAUGGUUGUGUCAUGAUUCAAAUGUUUUCUUGGUUUAAUAAGAGUUUUGGAAACAAAAGUUGCAAAAUUUGCCUCGUGAUACUCGUUGCCCUUCAUUUCCCUGCAAUGUGAUUGGUUAUUUUCAGUAAACCUUGAAAUCUGAUUGGUUGUUUUGUUUUUAGUGUAGCCUCCUCAUUGGUUGGGAAAAAGAUGCAAUUUAAAGCAAAAAAUGGUGGGAUUCAAGAAUAAAUCACACCAAUUAGAGCCAAUCAGAUUACAGGGACCACCAGUGAUUUCAAAAUGGGUGUAAUAAAUACGGUAAUCAUAUUUUUAACAACAAUAUUGAUGAUCAAUUUUUAGUUAUGAUAUCAGAGAUUCUAGCAAGAAAGUCGCC